AUGGAUCAAGAUCAAGAAGCAAUUAAUACUCUUAAGCAGUUGGGUGUAACCGAAGCCAGAGCUCGGGAAGCUUUAUCGAAAUCUAAUGGCGAUUUGCAACGUGCCGCGAACUUCAUAUUUGAAAAUCAGUCUACAGAUCCUGAAGAAACUCCUGAUUUAGCACCAUUAGGAACGGAUUCACAAACUAAUAAUAACUGGGAGGAUGGGGAUAAUAAAAUGUUAGGUUAUCUUGAUCCAAAUGCAAAUAAUCCAUCCUCUUUUGAAAAUGAUAUUCAAAUGGCGAUGGAUAUGAGUAAGAAUCCAUAUCCGGAUCUUAAAGAUGGUUAUAACUCUCAGGCUGUUGUUCUAUAUAAUGGUAAUAAGAAUUGGCAGAAUGGUUGUUGGGACGACCAACCGGCGAAAAGAGUGAAGCUUGAUACAACUCCUCUUGGAUUGAGACCAGUGAUAGAUUUUUAUUACGCUACUUCUUUUUUUCAAGCAUUGUUUCACAUCCCAGUUUUUCGAUUAUCUUUGUUGGCAUAUCAUCCCACUAAAGACAAUUGGGGUAAUGUUGAAGGUUAUUGGAAGGGUCAAAAACAUUAUAAUUCUACCGAUGAUUAUAAUCGUAAAUCUUAUAAUAACAUAAAUCGAUCUGCUACUUUAAAAUUCAUUCAUGAAUUUCAAAAGCUUUUUGGCUUCCUAUCGUUGAGUCAAAGAACUUAUGGUGAUUCAAGUUUCCUAAUGGAUGCUUUGGAUUUUGAUGAAAAGGCAACUUGGAAUGAAGUGGAAGGAAAAUAUAAUGGCCCUGAUUUGCUUAGAGGUUCGAUAGAACAUUUUAAACGAAAAUGUCGUAAAGCGGAAGAAAAAGAUUCUUAUGAUGAUGAUGCGCAGCAGACAACGACAUGGUUAGAGAGAGUUUUGGAUAAAGUUGAACAAAAAUUGAGUGUUCUAUUGGAAAAAAAGGACGAACUUGAACAAAAAAUUAAACAAAUGUUUGACACACCCGAUAUGAAGGAAAUUCAUUAUCGUCUUAAGGCUGUUUUAGUACAUAAUGGACAAACAGGACAAGGAAAUCACUGGGCUUAUAUAUGGGUUUCAAGGUGCAGUAGGCCAGAUAUUCUUUGUACAAGUACUAUGGAUAAUGGUAGUUGGAUGAAAUUCCAAGAUACUGUAGUAGAAGAUGCAUUGGAAGAAGUGGUGCUUAAUGAGCCAGGAGGGAUAUAUCCGAAUAACAGUGUCUAUACACUUUUUUAUGUAAAUGCAAAUGUUGAUUACAAUUUUCCGAAUAUUGUGGAUAUUAUUCCUGAUUCACUCAAGGCAUUUGUAGAAAAAGAUAAUCAAAUACUUGAAGAGGAAAUAGCCAAUCAAUACCGUCAGGUAGAUUCAGAGUUGCCGGAUAGCAAUGCUAUGGACAGUACAUGGGAGUCAGAUUCUACUGCGUGUGGUGGAUCACCAGAUUCAGAAAAAACUAUUCAACUUAAUAUCAAUACAAUAUUUCAACAAGCAAAUAAUAUUAAAAUCUAUGAUGCAAAGAUUCUUAAAAGAUCGGCCAAGACUGCAGGGUGGAGUUGGGAUGAUCCUAUUUUAUUAGAUGAAAAGUAUCGUAAAGAUCAACGAUAUAUUGAAGUUGUCAAAGCUUUUGAAGAAUUUAAAGAGAUAACUCAAUAUAUCGUUGAAGGUUGGGAACAAAUGGUAGAAAAAAACGAUUUUAUCAGUGCGAUUGCAUAUUUUCAUCGAGCUAUAACCCUUGAAAAUGCGUGGAUAUCCAAUAUUACGUUUAGUAGUAAAUUCAUGGUUAAUGCAAGAAAAAAUGAAUUAGUUGAAGCUAUUGAAAAAGCUACAUUCGUCCACAGAACAUUUUUAGUUUUUGUUGAACCUAAAAAUUGUAGAUCAGAUGUUUUAUAUUUCGAGUUUUGCCAACAAUGGCUUAAUUUAUCAGAGCAUAUACCAGAGCCAACAAAUGAAGCGUAUCGUAAUUCGAUUGCAAAGUUGAUAGAUGAUUAUGCAGUAGCUAUUGACUCUUAUGAUGGCGAAUAUACUCGGGAGAUUUUAUUUGAUAAAAUAGAUACUAUUCCAACGGAUAGUGAUGAUACAUUAUAUGAGAGGUAUUAUAAACUAACAUGGAAAUGUAAAGAUGUCUUUGAAAAAUACAAUGUGCCGGAACUUUAA